UGGUAGUAUUAGAUUGUAGGUCUACGGUGUUUGAAAGUCUGUGUGUCUUAUUGCAACUGCAAAUUAUCUGCAAUGGCGCUGUGGGCAUCUUCUUCUUCUUCUUCUCAGAAGCUUUUCAUUGCAUCUCCAGCUUUAAAACAUGGAAAUGGAAGAAGUAGAAGCAGAAAUGCCAGAAGAGAUUUAGAUUCUGUAGUUCAUGUCGGGAUGGCAGAGGGAGUAGCAAUAGCAUACGAGGAGGGAGAACGAGAAAGGCCAAAGUGGGCAGAAGAGACCCCUUUCUCUCGCCUUGUUAAAGCUUUCGUUUCGUUCAAGCCCCUUUACUCUGUGCUUAAGCUUGGUGCCCGACAAGUCCUAAUCAGUACAGCGGAGAAGAACAACAUUCGUUGGAGGGAGAUGAGAAGGGAGAUUCUGGAGUCAGAUGUCUAUAAUGAGCUGCACAGCAUUGAGAACCCCUCUCUCCAAUACCCAGAUUAUUAUCUGAGUCCUUUUCAUGCAUACGAGGAGGGCAAUCUUUCGUGGAUGGUAAGUAUGCUCUUUUUUAAGGCUGCAGCUGAAGCGGAGGCUGCAACCAUGUCUAUGACGAGGCGAGCUAUACCAUAUGCUUCAUCAAAUGAGGAAGCAACUCAAGAAUUACGUGGAAAUUGGCUACAAGCAAUCAAACAACAUCAUAUGAAGCAUUCAGGAAAUGCCACUAUUGAAACUAUUCUAGACAUUGGAUGUUCUGUUGGUUUAAGUGCAACAUUUCUUGCUGAUGAGUUCCCUUCUGCUAAAGUCACCGGACUAGAUCUGUCACCUUACUUUCUUUCUGUAGCUCAAUUCAAGGAAAAGAAAAGAGCCCCUCGAAAGAAUCCCAUCAGAUGGGUACAUGCAGCUGGAGAAGACACUGGCCUGCCCUCUAAAUCAUUUGAUCUUGUUUCUUUUGCUUUUGUGUUUCAUGAAUGUCCUGAAAGAGCAAUAAUUGCUUUAGUGGAUGAAGCAAUCCGAUUGCUUAGACCUGGAGGCACAUUUGCUUUGACUGACCAGGCGCCAAAGUCAAAGAUCCUUCAGGAAUUGUCUCCAGCUCUUUUCACAUUACUGAAGAGUACGGAGCCAUUUUUGAACGAAUACUUCCUCACUGAUAUGGAAGGAAGAUUGAGAGAAGCUGGCUUUGUUAACAUAAAAACAAUGCUUACAGAUCCGAGGCACAUGACCAUGACUGCAACGGUGCCUCAUCAACAUGUAUGAGUAUUUUCAUUAGAUGGAAAGCACCUAGAAGAGAUUGUGUACAAAUUCAUCUGCCUUGUGGAACCAAGUAAAAGCAUUUCUGAGUUCAAAUAUUUGAAAGCUUUUGAUGACUUCUUACUAGUGUCAUCAAAUGACUUUUAGAGUCUCAUUAAUUGGAGAUUCUGCAGUGAGGAAUUGAGAGUUUCAUUCAACUUCUCAGUUUCAUUAUCUUUAUCUUUUUAAAGUAAA